UUGUUGAAUGUUAGGUAAGGAAUACUGUUAAGAUACUUGUAUCCCCCAAUAAGUCAUCAUACUAUCGGGGAAUUUAGAAAAGGAAGAAUGUUAGGAAACAUCUACUUUGACCUCUUAUUUACAGAUAAAGAAACUGAAGCUCCUAUCUGUCAGUAGCCUGCUAUAGUAACUGAACAACUGCAGAUAACUUUAUUCCUUUGAAUUAAGACAAAGCUCCAGCAGUUCCAAUUCAAAUACAAAAACCCUUGCUCGGAUGUGAAGGAAGUUUAAUGAAGUUAUCAGCCACUAACCACUCAAGUCUAAAUAAGUCUAUCAAUUGACUAGCAAGGGCUCUGCCUGGAAUGACUCAAGUUGGUGAGGUCAAACUGGGCAGUCUGUGGCAGACUGAAGAUUUAAUAUACAGUUAAGGUACAUAGUAGUGAACUAAAACUGUGGAACUCCACGAGGACUCUAUGAAGGGAGCACAGGACUUCCAGUAACCAGACAUUGCAACUGGAAGGGGAGUGAGAGGCCGCCGCCGCAGCCGGGGCCGGUUCGGCCGCUGCCGAGUCCAUGACCCCGACUCCUCCUCCGGGGACCGCCGCCGCCGCCGUCCCGCAGCAUCGGGCCCCCAGCAGCCGGCUCUCGGCCCCCCAGACCCCAGCCCCUCCUCCGCCUUCUCCUCCACCUCCUACGCUUCUUCCACCUCUCUCUCCAGCCCUCGGCUGCCCGUCCUCGGGGCUGCAGAAGGAAGAGGCUUCAGACUUGUGUGUGAGAAUGGCUUUGUCUUUGGAAGAAGUUCCAUGGGUAUGUGUGACCUUUGUGAAAGCUGUCCUGAGGUUCCUCUUCAUGGUCAUGAAUAAUUUGGUCGCCAUUCCAUCCUACGUCUUCUACAUCAUAAUUCUUCAGCCUCUCCGAAUGUUAGACAGGAAGCAAUUCUGGUAUAUCGAAGGGAUCAUGUACAAGUGGCUUUUAGCCAUGGUGGCUUCCUGGGGUUGGUGUGCAGGUUAUACAGUAAUGGAGUGGGGUGAAGAUAUUAAAGCAAUUUCUGAAGAUGAAGCUGUGAUGUUGGUGAACCAUCAAGCAACAGGAGAUGUAUGUACAUUAAUGAUGUGCCUACAGGACAAAGGAAUGGUUGUUGCUCAGAUGAUGUGGUUGAUGGAUCAUAUAUUUAAGUAUACAAACUUUGGUAUUGUUUCUCUAAUUCAUGGAGAUUUCUUUAUAAGACAGGGAAAAUCUCAUCGUGACCAGCAGCUUGUUCUUCUUAAGAAGCACCUAAAAAAUUAUUACAGGAGCCGAGAUCGGAAGUGGAUUGUUCUUUUUCCAGAAGGUGGCUUCCUUAGGAAGAGACGAGAAACAAGUCAGGCAUUUGCCAAGAAAAAUAAUUUGCCAUUCCUUACACAUGUCACCCUGCCAAGGCUUGGGGCAACACAAAUUAUUUUGAAUGAACUUGUAGCACAACAAGAAAAUGGAACUCCAGCAGGUGGAGAUGCUAGGGUGAUAGAGAAUAAACCAAAAGGCCUCCAAUGGGUCAUAGAUACAACCAUAGCUUAUCCUAAAGCUGAACCUAUAGACAUCCAAACCUGGAUUCUUGGAUAUAGGCGACCAACAGUUACUCAUGUUCACUACAGGAUUUUUCCAAUUAAAGAUGUACCUUUGGAGAAUGAUGCCCUUGCUAAUUGGCUCUAUCAGCGAUUCAUUGAAAAGGAGGAUCUCUUGUCACACUUUUAUGAAACAGGAGCUUUUCCUCCCCUAAUGGGCCAGAAGAAAGCCAUUUCUAAAGAGAUGACUCUCAACAACUUGUGGCUAUUUUUCAUACAGUCCUUAGCAUUUUUAUCUGGCUAUAUGUGGUACAACAUUCUACGGUAUUUUUAUCAUUGCCUAUUCUAGGAGUUGAAUGGGACCUAUGGACACCAUAAGAGUUUAGGCUUUUGCAAAUGUGCAUUAUAUUACAUGUGCAAAUGAGAAUAUACGCAAGUAAAGGAAAUUGGAUGGCCAGCUUAAUUUUUAUCCCACUUUGGGGAAAUUUUAAAACUUUACUAAAAGUGAGGAUCAGUAAUAUAAUGACCUGCUAAUGUAUUUUAAGAACUUUCCAUGUUUUUAAAAGGUAUACCAUACCACAAACGUAACACAAACAUGCUAUUGGCUGAAGAGGAGAUUAUGACAUCAUCCUGGAAGACUUAAAAGAAAUUAUAUCACCACUGAAUAUACUUGGAAACUUUUAAGUUUAGAAAGCUCGAUUUUCCUCUUAUCCAAUAGUCUGUACUACCAGUGUUCUAGAGAUCCCUUGUUUCCACUGAUUGAAGUUAUGUUGCCACUCACAUUUCUGGGAGCAUUUGGGGCCUCCUGCAUAACUGUUUCUUGGUCAUCAGUUUCUAUUUUAAGACAAAAAUGAAAAAAAAAAACCACCAUUCCUAAACACCUAAGUGAAAUAUAGUGUCAGAAAUUCUCUGGAAAAACGAGUGCUCAUUAGGCCUAAUAGUACUAGGGUGUGCUUAAACAACAAGAGAGA